UUUUAACCCAAUCCAGAAAGAGGGGAGCACAGUAAACAACUAGAGAAUUCCAAUGCUAAGCUAAUCAGAUCCAACGUAUAAAUAAAGCUUCAUGCUAAUAAGCAGCUAGAAAUUUAUGGAUACAAAUUACAAUAUAGCUUUAUUGGAAACAGCUAUGGAUUCAUCUAAACAUACAAGAACAAGGAAAGAAGUUACUCUGGAGGGCUUGAGGCGGUGCGAGAUGCACCAUCCUCGCACAUACUCAAAGUGAUUAUAGCAUAAUGAUGCUGAUGAUCCAUGGACUCCAGGACCAAGUUUCUUAACUGUAAAGGAGUAUUAAAUAAUAUGAUGGCCCAAAAUAGUUAUACCCAAUCAAAAAGGCAGGAAAAAAAAGAGAAAAAAAGGAAGCGUAAACAGCCGGCUUGAUCUGAGAAAUGACGAUCAUGUGAAAGUGGUGAGGGAACAAAUUGAUUGGGUCCCACUGGAGCAGCGUCCAAACCUCCAUUGUUACAAUUAUGAUUAUGAUGGUCGUCAUCAUCACCGUCCAUCACAACCACGUCAACAUGAUCAGCAUCCUAAACUCCGAAUUUCCUGUUAAUAGCCGCCUCUCAGGAGCCUAAAAAUAUCUUAUCAUGGAGCGCUAAACAAUAAUAUCAGACUAAGGGAAUUUGUUCUCCUUAAGUUUCUUCUUUCUGAACCAGAGACAGAUUAGAUUGGCAGUCUCAUUGGUUCCUUCCCUUCAGCAUCUGUUUCUGAACAAUUUAAUUAAUGUUAUUCUUAUUCUAUUAAUAUUUCACCUUCCGUAGUUUUAGUUAUAACUUGCAACUACUCUGUCUCUGUCUGUCAAGCUGUGUGUGUGGGAGGGGUCCGAGAGACAGAGACAGAGGCACUAGUAUUGCUCUCCAGUCUCACAUUCACGUCAGUGAUCAGUACAUCUAAGUUGUUCAUGAUCAAUUCUCAUUGAAGAGAUUAGGAAGAUUUGUCGUACUCACUGAUCUUGCCAAUUUCCGUCUUGACCGUUGUGUGUCUGUUUCUUUUCCCAUUUAUAGUACUCAUUCAAUUCAUUGUUGCCUUUCUACAAAAUAAAGAUCCAUGGAGUUUGCUAGAUUCCUUGGCAGCUCUUGUUGGACGGUAGGAAUUUUGAUCUCAGGUAAUGUGAUCGAAGAUAAGGUAAAUGAUUUGGUUUGAUGCGUUUAUGCGUGUGAAAAGGUUAAUCUCAUUGUUGAUUUUUUCAUGGGUGAGUGUAGGAUUUGUGCUUGCAGAAAUGGAAAUGGUGGCUGCAGUUGGGAUCAACUAUGGACAAAUAGGAAACAAUCUGCCUUCGCCGGACGAGGUGGUGCCGCUGAUAAAGUCGGUCGGCGCCACCAAGGUGAAGCUAUACGACGCGGAUCCGCGUGUGCUUCGUGCAUUUGCUAAUACUGGAGUUGAAUUCAUGGUAGGGCUGGGGAAUGAGUACCUAUCAAAGAUGCAAGAUCCAAAGCAAGCUCAAGCCUGGAUUAAAUCAAACGUGCAACCAUACUUGCCGGACACCAAGAUCACUUGCAUCUUCGUGGGAAACGAGGUUUUAACCUUCAACGAUACUUCUCUCAGCCACAGCCUGCUUCCAGCGAUGCAGGGUGUUCACACGGCGCUCGUCAAUCUCGGGCUUGACAAGCAGGUAUCGGUGACCACCACGCACUCUCUGGCGGUUCUGGAAACCUCUUACCCACCUUCCGCCGGAGCAUUUCGUUCCGAUCUCACUUCAUGCCUCACUCCCAUCUUGAGCUUCCACGCCAAAACUGGAUCUCCUUUUCUCAUAAAUGCAUACCCUUACUUCGCCUACAAGGCCAAUCCCAAGCAAGUGGACCUUGAUUUUGUACUGUUUCAGCCUAAUGAAGGGGUUGUGGAUCCUUCCUCGAAUCUGCAUUACGAUAACAUGUUGUUUGCCCAGAUUGAUGCUGUUUACUCAGCCCUGGCAUCUUUGGGUUACGGCAAGUUGUCAGUUCAUAUUUCAGAGACUGGCUGGCCUUCCAAAGGAGACGAUGACGAAGCCGGCGCCACCCCGGAGAAUGCCAAGAAAUAUAAUGGCAAUCUGAUCAAGCUCAUUGCGCACAACCAGAAGAAGGGAACGCCCAUGAAGCCUAACAGCGAUUUGAAUAUUUACGUCUUUGCGCUCUUCAAUGAGAAUAUGAAGCCCGGACCGACUUCCGAGAGGAAUUACGGUCUUUUUAAUCCCGAUGGCACUCCGGCGUAUUCCCUCGGCUUAUCUGGAAGUGACGUCUCUACCAACACUUCCUCCUCCUCCUCCCCCACUUCUCCUGCCGGAUCCUCCUCCUCCUCCUCCACCACCACCACCCCUGAUUCAGGCACUCCGCCGUUGCCUACCACUUCCUCCACCGGUUACAUGGCCAUUUCCUCCGCUCAGGAGAGUUACCAUUUGUUUUGGCCUGUAUCCUUUUUGCUGCCGUGGGCGAUGCUGAAGCUGAUCUUUUACAGGUUGUGAACAUUCUUUUCCAUAAUCCAGCUGUCAGAAUCUGGGGGAAAAAAACGGAAAAAGAAAUAGCAGUGUUGGCGGUGGAAAAAGAAGAGAAAGAGUAAAGUGAUGAGUCAGAAUGGAGGAGAGAGAGGGAGGAGCCAUACUGUCAUCUUUCCUUUGCUUGUACGCUACUGGUGGUGUUCUUGAACUUUAUCAAGCCCGGUAACAAGGCGCGACUAACUCGUCAUUGGAUUCGUUGCCCACUUGGAUUCAUAAUGGAAGUCUGCGUCAUCAUGAUUUGGGCCUCCAGAUACUUAGACUUUGCAGUUAUACCUUGCCACGAGUCUGGGUCUUAGAAGUAAAAUAAUGUUGUACUGCUUUUAUUUAUUUAUUAUUGACUUCCAUUUUACAAUCAGAGUUUUUUUUUUUUUUGGGGCCAUGGAUGGGAGGGAGUCUAGUGUUACAUUUUUAAAUUUACUUUGUACUAUUAAUUUAAGUGAAAAUGAAUUUGGAGGUCAUUAUAAUUUACCUCAAUUUUGAAUUAAGUCCCUACACUUUGUUU